UCCUCAACGUCCAUAUUUAUACUUUCCAGAGGAUCACUCAUCGGCUCGAUUGCGCUCCUCGUAAAUCUUUUUUCCAAUUCUCGUGGCUCCCACUCUCGAUCAAAAUGCCCCUCAUUGACGCCGAUACCCCGCCCUCGGACACUGCGACUCAUUACGUCGUGUACUUUGCGUCUGGCGAGCCAUCAUGGUGCCCAGACUGCCGCGACGCUAUUCCUGCUCUCAAGAACGUGUUUGGAUCUGACUCUGCUCCGACAGCUCACAUUGUCCGUGUGGGGUCAUUCCAGGAGUGGAGGGGCCCCAAGAAGAACAAGUAUCGGGGUGAACCUUACAACAUUCAAGGAGUUCCAACAGUCGUGAGAAUCGAAAAUGGCAAGGAGGUUGCUCGUUUGGGUGAUGUCGAGAGCCAGCAGGAAUCUGCGUUACGACAAUUGAUUGCUUGAUCCAAUAUCCCUCAUGUAACGAUGGUCGUGUAUCGUUGGAAAUUUGUGUCACAAAGGUCCAGGUAGCAAUAUAGAAGCAUAAAAUAUCCAGAUUCAUCACACCUUGUGCCAGGACCCAGGUGUCAAUUAAUCUGGCGACGCGGAUCUACACUUGGUCACAACACGAUGAAAGCGACGAUCACAACGCAGACACAGGGAAAUAGGUGCGGUAGAGAGGUGCAGGUGAUGGUUAGUGCA